GCUCAGAUGACGUCAUUAGUGGACAGUCCACACCAUGAUGGCGACAGCAGCGGUAGCGGCGGAGCAGGGCGGAGGAACCGGAGCACCAGGACCCUCUCCUCCCGGAGGCUCUCCCCGGUCUCCAGGCUCUUCUCCACGGCAUGCCUCUGCGGGUCUCUCGGUGCUGGUGGUGGUCGGGUCUCUGCGGGCCGCUGGGCUGCUGGAGCGGCUGCUGCGGCAGAUAGAGACGGGUGUGCGCUGCUGGCCUGUAUCGCUGGAUGUUUCUAUUCUCGAUCAGCAGCUGAAGCUCUUCGUGUCGAGACAUUCGGCCUUCCUGUCCCAGGACGUCCCAGGUCAGAGGACCCUGCAGCAUCAUGGAGACGUCUUGGACACUCAGGUUGUUGUGAAUCCGGCUCAGGACUUCGUCUGCUCCGAGGUCCGGAGGCUGGUUCUAGAACCGUCCCGUCACAAGCUGCUGGUUCUGGCGGGUCAGUGUGAGGAGGAGUCCGGAGACAUCGUGCUGCAGAAAGGACGCUUCUCCUUCAGAGACUUCCUGCACAUCUUCACAGAGGAAGAGGUGGUCCAGGUGUUGGGCUCUGCAGAGCCGACUCUGAAAGCCCACCUGACGCUCAGCUGUCCGGACCUCGGUCUCUGGUCCCGCCCGGCACUGGACUCUGUGCAGAACCUCAUGACGGUGCAGGUGAACCCCCCGCCGGUGCUCCCACAGAUGGAGGGUCUGCAGGAGUUCCUGGAGUACCUGUCCGAGUCUCUGGAGCCCGAGUCGCCCUUCGAGCUCCUGGAGCCCCCGAGCACCGUGGGCUUCCUGAAGCUGUCGAGGCCCUGUUGCUACGUCUUCCCUGGCGGACGGGGGGGCUCCGCCUUCUUCGCUGUGAACGGGUUUAACGUGCUGGUGAACGGCGGCUCGGACCCCCGGUCCUGUUUCUGGAAACUGGUGCGGCACCUUGACCGGAUCGACUCGGUGCUGCUGACCCACGUCGGCGUGGACAACCUGCCCGGGAUGAUCAGCCUGCUGCAGAGGAAGGUGGCCGAGCAGGAGGAGGAGGAGGGAGCUGGAUCCCAGACCGAAGAGGACUGGCUGAAGAACCUCAUCUCCCCAGAGAUAGGGGUGGUCUUCCUGAACGCCCCCGACAGACUGAAGGCCUUACAGGGGGAUCCGGCUGAGAUGAAGAGCUGCAACCAGGCGGCGCUCGCCCUGCAGCUUCUAGAAAGACUCUCAAUCAAACCCGAGCCUCUGAGCCGGUCUAACGGACCCAGCAUCGAGCCGCUGAUCCUGUUCCAGAAGAUGGGGGUGGGCCGCCUUGAGCUGUACCCUCUGAACCCUGUCAGUAAAACCCUGGAAGCCCUGAUGCAUUACUGGCCGACCGGCGGGUCGAAUGCACCACCUGCAGAGCUUCCUGUAACCUGCCUCGCCUCCAUCUGUGCUCUGCUGGUCUGGCACCCCUCCAGUCCUCAGGAGAAGAUCAUCCGGGUCCUCUUCCCUGGCUGCACUCCGCAGAGCAGAAUCCUGGAGGGACUUGAAAAACUCAAACAUCUGGAUUUCCUCAAACAUCCCGUGGUGUGUUUGAAGGACCUAGAAACUCUGAAAAGUGAGAAACCACCAAAGCGAGCGGAGAGUCGGGAGAGCCUGAAGUCCCAGACCAGGGAGGUCCGACCCAGCAGUGCCUUACAGAAAGACAAGCGAGUGGAUCUCAAGAAACAGGAAGUUAAGACGAAGCCAAAGGCAGGAGGUGAAGCUGGACUGAAGGACAGGAAGGACGCAGAGGAGAAGCCAAAACUAAAGGAUGUAGAUGCUAAAGCAAAAGCUCAGAAACCUGCAGAAAAGCUGGUUCCAAAGAAGGACGGGUCGAAGGAAGAGAGGAAGGACGUGAAGAAGAAAGAGGAGAAGAUCUCUGUGAAGAAAGAAGAGAGCGCGGAGAAGAAGAAAGAAGUCGUGAAGAAGGAAACGUUAAGUAUUAAACCAAAGAAAGACCUCAAACCGGAACCAAAGAAAGACUCCAAGAAGGAUGUGAAGGCGGAGGAGAAGAAACCAGCAAAACCAGCUCCUAAAGACGUGAAGAAACCACCAGCGUCCACAGCAGGUACCGACCUGAAGAGAGCGCCGGGUAAGUUUGGGUCACUUAAGAAAGACGCAACCCUCCCAAAGAAGGACUCCUUGAAUAAAGGGACCAAAGGUAAACCAGGUUCAAAGGAACCAGAAGCCCAGAAGGAGGCGGAUCGCUCGAAGGUCUCGACGCCAGAGGACAUGACCGCCGAGUUUGAGAGUCUUCGGCUGGAAGACGAUAACGGGAACAACUCGCAGAUCAACGGGAACUCUGUGGAGAGUCCGGAGACGUUUCGCAGUUCAGACCCUGCUUUAUCUGCAGGACUAGGGUCCGGUCUGAUCCUCGAGGAGUUGAACACGGACCCUCGAGGAAGUGUUCUGGAUAAUUCAGCGUCCUCUCAAGAUAAACAGUCCAGCCUCCUAGUGCUGAGUCCUCUCAGAGACUCAUCCACCACCAUCACCUCCAUGCCAGCCGAGCUGGGCUCCCCUCAGUCCACAGAGGUGGACGAGUCCCUGUCGGUGUCUCUGGAACAAGCCCCCGCCGAGGUCCUGAUCCGGGGGCCCGUCUACUCUAACGGACACGACUCCAACACUGGGAUGUCAGACCACGUCCACGGGCUGUCGGACCUGAUCUCCGAGGUCCCUCACGACGUGGACCUGUUGGUGUCGCCCUGUGAGUUCCAGCACCAACACGUGGGCCCCUGCCUAGGCCCCCCCACGUCUCCGGACCUCUCCAACAACAACAACGUCUCUCAGGACCACAGCAGCAGCACAUCGGCCUUCAGCCAGGAGACCCCCCCCACCUCCGUCAGCGAGUCCCUCCCCACCGCCUCGGACUCAGACGUCCCCCCGUGUACCGACGACUGCCCGUCCAUCACCGUCGACUCUGAGGACGAGUUCCUGGCCAGCCCCCUUCCCCCCCUCCGCCACGACCCGCCGCCAGCCCCCAUCAAAGACCUGCCCCCAUUGCCCCCGCAGCCCGGAGCCUGCAUGGCUGACUCUGAAGCCAACAAGAAGAGUUCCACAGCCAAGACCAGGAAGCCGGCGGGAUCAGUGCAGAGGCCGGGAUCUGCAGGAACCUCCCAGAGCAGCAGGGCGAAGGCGGUCGGGUCGUCCACGCUGAAGACCACCUCGAGCCUUGACACCAAGCCGUCAUCCAGGAACUCCCUGGGAGGAUCCAGGAUAGGAUCUGCAAAACCCCCGUCCUCAGCUCCCAGAGCUGCAAGUUCCUCAGGUUCUCCGGGCCCAGCGGUCUACGUGGACCUGGCCUACCUGCCAUCCGGCGCUGCCUCCGCCUCCGUGGACGUGGAUCUGUUCCGACGCCUCCGCUCCUCGUACUACGUGAUCAGUGGAGACGACCCGCAGAGGGAGGCGACGAUGAGGAGCAUCCUGGACGCUCUGCUGGAGGGGAAGAGCGGCUGGCCCGACGUCCAGGUAACCCUGAUCCCGACCUUUGAUUCGCUGGCGAUGCACGAGUGGUACCAGGAGACCCACGAGCGUCAGAGGGAGCUGAGCAUCACUGUGUUGGGCAGCAACAGCACCGUGGCCAUGCAGGAGGAGACCUUCCCCGCCUGCAAGGUCGAGUUCUGAGACCCCGUCUGUCGCCACGGUUACAUCCUGACCAAUCAGAGCCUGAGAACCCCGCCCCUUUCUGUUGAGCAUGCUCAGUCCAGAGUCCUGCACGGGGCGUGUGCAAACCUGCAGCAGAAACCGACCUCAAAUUCAGCUAAGGAAACGUUUACUUUCACACCCCGCAAAAAUAAAGGAGAUCCUGGCGGCGGGUUGAGCUUAAAAAUGAGCUACAAAAACCAAACGUAUUUUAUGAAGUCAAUUUAAUACAUAUUGUGACAGGUUCAAAAAGUUUCUGAGGCUUCCCGACCCGCUGCAGGACUCUGGCCUUUUUUCCCGCGCUCUUAUUGUGAAGGGCGGUUCAACAGGAAGAAGGGGUUGUGUACUCUUAAAAUAAGAAACGGUUUCUUUUACUUUUCCUGCACCUGUGUGACAUCCCUGCACGGGUCACUUCCUGUCUCCUCCUGUGUCUUUUUCUGUCUCUUCCUGUCUCUGCUGGAUCAGGACCUUCGGCUCUCCUGCUAACGAACAUUAGCACGUUAGCAAAAGGCUAGCGUCUCCAUGUGGCUUAUUUUUUAUAACAGCAGUUUUUAUUUUCACUCGUCUUCUGGAUUCAUAUUUUAACUUUGAUAAUAAGCUCAGAACAUUUAGCACACAGUAUUCAGCUGGUUCAGUAACGUGAACACAUUUCAUUUGCCAAGCGCCUUCACAUUUAUUUAAUUUCCAAAAGUCCAAAAGAAAUGGAAGAUUUGCUCACAUGAUUAUGCAAUUUUAUGCAUAUGUGAUAUUACGAUGAAAGGAGUGGUAUUGUGUAGUAGACAUGCAGCCUUAUUUAGUUUCUAUCGGGUAUGUUUGCGAUCUUCAUCUUGAGUUUAGGAAACUGCUGUCAUUGUAAGCAGAUUUCCUCGUCGUGACAUUUAUCUCCAUGGUUGUGUUGUUUCAUAACUCUGAGAUCUCUGUCGCAAUUACACGAUCUGUAUUCCGUCCUUUAUAACAAGAUUGUUAUUUCUUAGUUGCCUUUAUCGCACAAUUAUGCAAGUUAUGCACUCUUUAUGUUAGCCUGCGAUAUCUUUAUCUGAUGUUCUGUAGUCUUAGAGUCAGUGAUGUCUGCAGUGAUAGUGAAGGUAACGGUUAAUAAAGUUCUGAUCCAGCAGAGUUUGAAUAUCCUCACGAUGUUCGGGACCACACGUUGCCUUUAAACCCAUUUCUGUUUUAAAACACGCCUGCAUGCUCACAUCUUUUUUUAGUGACGGUAUCACGAGUCUCUCAACUGCAGACCACAUACUACAUUUCCCAUGAGCCUCGGCUGUUGUGUUCACUAUGAUGCACAGCUGCUGAUCCACAAUCUAAAAGUGAAUGUUGAAAUUUCUGAAUUUAUCCACCAAGUUCAUCUGCCCGGUAACAGAGAGUGAAGCCCUCUGAUUGGAUGUUUCCCGCAGCAGAGCUUUAUGGAAGUUGUUCUUCUCCGGAUGGUUUGAUGUGUUUAGGUUUACGAAUAUGAAACUUGACCGUAUUAUUUCAAUUUAUGCCAAUGGCUCCAAAAGAAACAACGCAUUUCAAUCUUUAAUUUAUUUAUUUAUUUUAAUUUCUUUACAAAUUUCUCGCCUGCAUUUUGAUCCCGAGUCUGAACUCUGGUACGAGCUCCAGCUUAUUGGCUUUAAAUUGAAAGUUUACAGUAAACUGUUAAAGGGCUUCAACAAAACGGUCUGGUCUUUGUCAAAGUUUGGGCGAUAAGUAUCGUUAAUGAUUGGACUGUUCCUGCACGAUUUCAACCAGAAUAUUUAGAGAUGGUAAUGUUAUUUAAAUAAAGUUUUCAUGAAGAGAAUCAAAGUCAGGUUUUGAGAUAAAUCCUAAAACAUAGUUUAAUUUGAAGAAUAUUAAAAUGAAUAGGAAUAUUUUAAUGUUCAUAUUUUGGGUUUUUGUUCACUUAUAAAAUCAUUUCAUAAAAUGAUUCUUUAACUCCAACCAUGAGUGCCUAACGUACCUUUUCAGAACAUUUUAAAUAAUUAUUUCCCAGAAAAUCAGAUAAAUUUAGAAUGUUUAGACAUCUUAUCUCAAAAUAACGACUUUGAUUUCCAAAUGUUUCAACUUUAUUAUUGAUAUCAGAUUUGUUUUUUUAAUCAGACCGAAAACUGUAAGCCAUUAAUGUGGUUUUAUCGAGACACACACACACACACACACACACACACACACACACACACACACAGGUAAUAUGUGUAUUGAAACACUAAUUUUAAUGAUUAUUUCAAAAUAAAAGUAGCCCUUUCAUGUC